AUGUGGGGUGAUAAUGUGCCAUGCUCAACAUCAACCACCACAGCCUCAUCCACAGGUACCUCCCCUCUAACAAGUGCUCCUGGCUCCAGCACCCCCACCUCUGGCCCUACACUUGCCUUCACACCGCCCCAGCCAUCAACAUCAAUAUCAAUCACCAGCUUGCCCAUGAAUAGCACAGUUAUGGUGAUAGUGUCAUGGCAUGGAUGGGUGGUGCGUGAUGGGUGUGAUGGGUCAGCCAACUUGAAAGAUUGGCUUGACUCAGAAGACAAGAAGAAGUCGACGAAGAAACUAGCAGCCAAAAAGGGAAAGGCAACUAGGGAGGCAGUGCAGAAGGGGAAUGCCAAGGAAUCACAGGUGGCUUCAGGAUCCAGAUCAGGAAAGGGCAAGGAGAAGGAGAAGGCUAAAGAAUCAGUUGGAGGGAAGAAGAGUCACAAGAAGGUGACCAAAGGAAGUGUAGAAGUGUAUAUUCAGUGGAAGAAGAGUCACAAGAAGGUGACCAAAGGUAUAUCAGUGCAAAAGAAGUAUGCAGAGUUCUAUUCUGAUCCCAUUCCUGUGGAUUCCAGUGGAUUCCCGCAGGAAUGGGUGGGGGACUGUAAAGUACUAUCAGAUGCUGAAGAUGGGUGA